UUUUAGAAGUCUGUCAACAUUCAUUCGCCUUCUCAUGUUGUCAACGCAGAGGGAAAUUCAAAAUGGCGCUAAAAUGUCUAAGGUGAAGAUGUGCGCUCUCCUGUAGAAGUUCUCCUGGCGGGGAUACAACCGAAGCUGCUUAUCCGUGAGGGAUGGGAGAUGUACAAGGCUUGGUACUGCACCCCAGAAUACUGACUGCUGUCAGGAAAGCCAAGCUCCACAGGUAUGCAGAGGUAUUAAGGUUCUCCUCAGCUGACCUGGAGCGUCUGACUCACCUGUCGGCCAAGGAUGUGGGACACCUGGUGAGGGAAGUGUCUGAAGCAGUCCGACAAAGGAUCCAUGCUGCUACAGCAUUACAGCUGUUGCUAGGUGACUGCCCAGCUGAUCUGAAGGUCAGGUUCCUCAGCCUGGGCUGUCCAGUUUUGGAUGAGUUCCUGCGAGGUGGCAUCCCAUGCCAGGGUCUGACAGAGAUCUCAGGAGAGAGCAGUGCAGGGAAGACGCAGUUUGGGCUGCAGCUGUGUCUGACUGUGCAACUGCCAGAGGAAUGGGGAGGGCUGGAUGCAGGUGCAGUGUACAUCUGUACAGAGGAUGCUUUCCCCAGCAAGAGGCUAGCCCAGAUUGCUCAACAGUUUCCUGCAAGAGGCCUCGCCCCUUUGGAAGUCACCAAGAAAAUCAGAUUCUCUGACCAGAUAUUUGUUGAGCACACAGCAGACAAGGACCAACUGUCCAAAUGUAUCCAGUCCAGACUCCCUAUCCUACUGGAGAGGGGAGUUGUAAAGCUUGUGGUGAUAGACUCCAUUGCUGCACUGUUUCGUGGUGAGUAUGAGAGCCGGGAGACCACUAGGAGGGCAAAGGACCUGCAGUCGCUGGGUGCACAGCUGAGGACAGUCAGCCAGAAGUACAAUGUGCCAGUGGUGUGUAUUAACCAGGUGUCAGCAGUUGUCGGUAAGAGAAGAGGAAAUGGCAACAUCUCAAGCUCCCAGAAAGUGAUUCCAGCCCUGGGUCUGGUGUGGUCCAGUCUGGUGACCACACGGCUGAUGGUAUCCAGGACGGAGCACACCCUGCAGUGUGCUGACGGCAGCCCUGCCGUGGUACGGAGUCUGGAGGUCAUGUUCUCCCCUCAUCUCCCCAACACUACGUCAUAUUACAUAGUGGAUGCGCAGGGGGUCAAAGGGUUAAGAUGACAGGGCUAGGAUGAUGAUGACAGGGAAACGUAGGUCAUGCAGCUUGGAAGUUGUGACAUUUCUAACACUACAUCAUACUUCACAGUGGAUGUACUGUGUGAAAAUGUAUGACAAACAUAUUUAUGACAAACAUCUACCUGUCAACAUUGACAUAAACUUGUAUAUAUUAUGAUUAUGUGUAUGUAUGUACUACUGGUAUUUUACCUUAUGCUGCUGAGUGAGCAACUUUCUGCAGUUCAACCAACAUCUGACAGGUGACAGUUUUGAAAUAUGAAAAUAUAAUUAACAUGUACCUAUGAGAGCUUGGACUUUCUGUGCUAUACUGUGUACCUUAAGGCAAAGAAGCAUUAUAUUGAAGAGCAUACAAAAAUAAAUGUGGUUGAUAACCAAA